AUGGAGCUCUCCCUGACCUCACCUCCUCUCGUCGUCGUCCUGCUCCUCGCUCUCCUUCUCCAGCUGCUCCGCUACCGGCGCCGCCGCGACCCCAGGAAGCAGCCUCGUGCUCAUGGCCUCAGGGUCUAUCCGCUCCUCGGCACGCUCCCGCACCUGAUCAAGAACCGGCACCGCUUCCUCGAGUGGUCGACCGGCGUCCUGCAGCGCAGCCCCACGCAUACCAUAUCCUUCAAGGCCGUCGGCUUCGGCGGCGGCGUCAUCACGGCCAACCCGGCCAACGUCGAGCACAUUCUCAAGACCAACUUCGGCAACUACCCCAAGGGCGAGCUCACGGUGGCCAUGGUCGAGGACCUGCUCGGCGGCGGCAUCUUCAACUCCGACGGCGACCGCUGGCUGUGGCAGCGCAAGGCCGCCAGCCACGAGUUCAGCACAAGCUCGCUCAGGGCCUUCGUCGCCGACACCGUCCGGUUCGAGGUCGCCGAGCGGCUGCUGCCGCUGCUGGCCCGGGCGGCGCCCGACGGGCGCACGCUGGACUUGCAGGACGUGCUCCAGCGCUUCGCGUUCGACAACAUCUGCAGCGUCGCCUUCGACGAGGACCCGGCGUGCCUCGCCGGGAGCGGAGAGGGCGACCGGAGCGGCUCCGCCGCGGAGUUCAUGCGCGCCUUCGACGACGCGCAGAGCGCCGUCGUGUCCCGGCUGAUGUCGCGACCCAGGUCGCUCUGGCGGGUCAGGAGGCUGCUCAACACGGAGCCCGAGAGGCGGAUGCGCGCGGCCGCAGGCAAGAUCCGCGCCUACGCCGGCAGGAUCGUCCGCGAGCGCAGGGAGAGGGCGGAGGCCGGGCGCGCGCGCGGGGACGACCUCCUGUCGCGCUUCGCCGCUCGCGGCGAGCACGGCGACGAGGGCCUCCGGGACGUGGUCACCAACUUCCUCCUCGCCGGCCGCGACACGACGUCGUCGGCGCUGACUUGGUUCUUCUGGGCGGUCUCCUGCCGGCCCGACGUGGAGGACAGGAUCGUGCGCGAGAUCCGCGCGGUGCGCGCAUCGUCGCCGGGCGCCGCCGGCGCGGCGCCGCCGUUCUCCCUCGACGAGCUGCGCGGCAUGCACUACCUCCACGCGGCCAUCUCGGAGUCCAUGCGGCUGGACCCGCCGGUGGCCGUCAACACGCGCCGCUGCGGGCGCGACGAGUUCCUGCCCGACGGCACGUUCGCGGGGAGAGGGUGGCAGGUGAGCUACUCCGCGUACGCCAUGGCGCGGGUGGCGGAGGUGUGGGGCGGGGACUGCGAGGAGUUCCGGCCGGAGCGGUGGCUCGACGGCGGCGGCGCGUUCCGGCCUGAGAGCCCGUUCAAGUACCCCGUCUUCCACGCUGGGCCGAGGACGUGCCUCGGCAGGGAGAUGGCCUACGUGCAGAUGAAGUCCAUUGUCGCCUGCGUGUUCGAGAGGUUCACCCUGCCGUUCCCCGGCGGCGAGGGGCAGCCUGGCCUUGUGCUUGCCGUGACGCUACGGAUGAAAGGUGGCUUGCCAAUGCAAGUGAACGAGAGGACGGCUUAG